CACGCGUGGCCGUAGGAGUUGGACUCGUAAUAUGUCCGUCCUUCAACUACCUUUGUCUGAAAAAUGUUUUUCUCUAUGAUUUCUGUUACAGAGAUCGCUCACUUUCAGUCUUCGUAGAGAUCUAAAACCAAUCUCACUCUCCCUUGCCUUCGUAAAUAUUUUUCGUUUACUUUAAAAAAAAUGAUGGCAAUGAAGACUAAAGAGACAACGCUGCCGGCAGAGAUACACGGCCGCUUAGCCUCAGGCGGUGGAGGUGAACCGGCCGCCCGUGAAUGGGAGCUUAGACCCGGAGGCAUGUUGGUUCAGAAGCGAAGCCCGGAUUCCGAUCGAAUCUCAAUCCCACCACCGACUAUUAGUGUUAGAGUCAAAUAUGGUUCCAUCUACCACGAAAUCCACAUCAAUUCGCAUGCUACAUUCGGGGAAUUGAAGAAGAUGUUGACCGUACCAACCGGAUUACACCAUCAAGAUCAAAAGCUGUUAUACAAAGAGAAAGAGAGGGAUUCCAAGGCGUUUCUGGAUAUGGCGGGUGUGAAGGACAAAUCCAAGAUUGUUCUAAUCGAAGACCCGAUUAGUCAAGAAAAACGAUUAUUGGAGAUGAGGAAGAAUGCUAAGAUGGAGAAGGCUUCAAAAUCCAUCUCCGAAAUCAGCUUGGAAGUCGAUAGUCUCGCCGGCCGGGUUUCGGCGUUUGAAUCAAUCAUUUCAAAGGGUGGGAGAGUAGGUGAGAAAGAUGUGGUCAUUUUGAUUGAACUUUUGAUGAACCAGUUGCUCAAAUUAGAUGGGAUUAUGGGUGAUGGAGAUGUCAAAUUGCAAAGAAAAAUGCAGGUCAAAAGAGUCCAAAAAUAUGUUGAAACAUUGGAUAUGUUGAAGAUCAAAAACUCCAUGCCAAGCAACAAUGGAGCUCAAACAAAGAUGCAGACUCAGCAUAGGCACACCAAUGGGCAAAACCUAGCCCCAAUUCAAGAGCAGCAGUCGAAGCAUUCGGGUUCGGAAGGGGUUGUGGUUACGACGGAUUGGGAGACGUUUGAUUCUUCACGGGCGUUGUUGCCGAUCCCCUCGACAUCGAAAGGCAAUAAUUCAGUCCAGCCAAAGUUCCCUUGGGAGUUCUUUGACUAAGCAAAUAAGCCAUUGUGUCUGUUACUCACUGUAUGUGUUGGAUGAGGUUUGCGUUUGCGUUUGCUUUGCAGUUGGGUUUGCAAUCUUUUUCUUCUUUCGGUAUGUGCUUCAUUCUUUAUGUGCUUAUAUUUGUAUUGGGCAAC